AUGGCUGCUGGUGGAGGAUGCGGGGAGACGGUGGAGCACUACCGCGCCGAGGUGGAGCGGCUGAGCCGGGAGCUGGCGGAGGCGAACCGGGAGAAGGUCCGGGCGGCGGAGUGCGGGCUGGUGGUGCUGGAGGAGAACCAGACCCUGAAGCAGCAGUACUCCGAGCUGGAGGCCGAGCAGGAGACCCUGAGGCAGGAGCUGGAGCAGCUGCAGGAGGCCUUCAGCCAGGCGUACUCCAUCCAGAGAAAGGUAGCGGAGGAUAGCGAGACCACUGAGGAGGUGCUGCUGCAGGAGUCGGCCACUAAGGAGGCGUAUUAUAUGGGUCGUCUGCUGGAGCAGCAGGCCGAGCUCAAAAACAGUCGCUCGCAGGCCUCCAACACACAGGCGGAGAACGAGCGCCUCGAAAACAUCCUGCAGGAACUCAGAGAGAGUAAUGAGAUCCUGGAGCUCCAGACGAGCAGGAUGAGAGAGGAGGUGAGGGAGUAUAAGUUCAGGGAGGCGCGGCUGCUGCAGGACUACACUGAGCUGGAGGAGGAGAACAUCUCACUGCAGAAACUGGUGUCCACACUCAGACAGAAUCAGGUGGAGUACGAAGGCCUGAAACAUGAGAUCAAGGUGCUGGAGGAGGAGACAGCUUUGCUGAACAGCCAGUUGGAGGACGCGCUGCGCCUGAAGGACAUCUCGGAGAGCCAGCUGGAGGAGGCUCUGGACGCUCUGAAGAGCGAGCGCGAGCUGAAGAACAGCCUCCGUAAAGAGCUGGCCCAGCAUCUCACCGUGUGCGAUGGAGCCUUCGCUUCGGCCAGUGCCCACCUGCUGGCCCUCAGCUCGGCGCCCCCCAGUGGCAGUGCCACCCCCACCGCUGCCAGCUCUCCGGGCAGCGAGGACGGUGGCAAAUGCAACGGGCUACUGCUGCAGGGCGCAGCCGGCGCGGCACUGACCCGACUCAACGGGGAGUUCAGAGCAGCGGGGUCGAAGAAGAGUGAGUCAAUGACUCCCGACCUCUUCAGCGAGAUGAACCUCACUGAGAUCCAAAAACUCAAGCAGCAGCUUCAGCAGGUGGAGCAGGAGAAAGUGUCUGCGCAGACCAGCCUGCAGGAGUGCCAGACGCAGCUGCGGCACGCACAAAGCGCCCUGACAGAACAGCACGAGAGAGCAUGGCGGCUCCAAGAGCGCGUCCGCACCCUCCGCCGGCAGGGCGGCGCCUCGGAGGCCAACAGCGGGGAGGAGGAGCCGGAGAUGAAGAGCCCCUCAUGGGUGUCCAACAGCCUGCAGGGUUUGGGUGUGGAGCUGCUGCAAUGCAAGUACAGGCUGGCGGUGACGGAGGUGGUUGGCCUGAAAGCGGAGCUGAAGGAGCUGCAGGAGAGGCACAAGGAGUGCAUGGAGGGGGCGACACGGGUGGAGGAGCGAGCUCAGGGCCAGCUGCGGGCUCUGGAGGCCCAGGUGGCUCGUCUGGAGCGCAGCUGCAGGGAGGCGAGGGACAAGGCGGUGAGACUGGAGCGAGAGCUGCAGGCGGCGAACAGCGCUGUCUCAGAGAACCACAGCGCGUUGGCCACGGCCCAGGAGGAGCUGGCCACCUUCAGCGAGGAGCUGGCGCAGCUCUACCACCACGUCUGCUUGUGCAACAACGAGACGCCCAACCGCGUCAUGCUGGACUACUACCGGCAGGGCCGCGCUCCGCUGCGUGCUCCCCCCGCUGGCCUGAAGGCGCAGGAAGAGCACCGGGUCCUGCUGACGCCACGGCUAGCACGCCGCCUGGCCUCCAUCAACGCUGCCACGUCAGCCUCCACGCCGAGCGACUCUCGAAGCCCCUCAGAGUCGCCUUCCAAAGAGCCCCUCAAUGCGGAGGACAGCCCGGUCCGCACGCCGCUGGGCUCCCCUGCCAUCAGUGCCUCGUCGUCGUCCUCUUCCUCGUCUCCAGCGCCCGAGUCGUCCACGGGCUCCGAGCCCCGGCGGGAGCCCUCGAACAUCCACCACCUCAACGCCAUCAUCCGGGACCAGAUCAAGCACCUGCAGAAGGCUGUGGACCGCUCGCUGCAGCUUUCUCGCCAGAGGGCAGCCGCCCAGGAACUGGCACCUAUGCUCGACAAGGACAAAGAGGCCUGCAUGGAGGAGAUCCUCAAGCUCAAAUCCCUGCUGAGCACCAAGAGGGAGCAGAUCGCCACCCUGCGCCUCGUCCUCAAAGCCAACAAACAGACUGCAGAAGUGGCCCUGGCCAACCUGAAGAGCAAGUAUGAGAUGGAGAAGAGCAUGGUGACCGAGACCAUGAUGAAGCUGCGUAAUGAGCUGAAGGCUCUGAAAGAGGACGCUGCCACCUUCUCCUCCCUCAGAGCCAUGUUCGCCACACGGUGUGACGAGUACGUCACUCAGCUGGACGAGAUGCAGAGGCAGCUGGCGGCGGCCGAGGACGAGAAGAAGACCCUGAACUCGCUGCUGCGCAUGGCCAUCCAGCAGAAACUGGCCCUGACUCAGCGCCUGGAGGACCUGGAGUUUGACCACGAGCAGUCGCACCGCCCUCGCAGCGGCAAGACGUCCAGACUGAGGACCGCCACUCCCAAAGUAAGUGGAACAGAAACCUCGUCCCUCACCAACACUCCGUCCACAGUAGACGAGGUGCUGGCUGCGGCUUCCGCCGUCACGUCUCCCACGGAGCCCGCCCGCGCCCUCCUCAGCCCCUCGCUCCCGUCCGACCCGGGCAGCCCCCCCUUGCUGGAGGCCCCUUCCUCCCCUGCGUCCUCCUUAUCCGCCUCAUCCUCCUGGACUCCCCCGGCCGUGCCUUACCGCGCCGGCCACUGUCACUGGACGGUGGGGAUGCGGGCAUACGUGGUGGAGCCGCACUCCUUCGGUGUGGACUACACUCAGCUGUCCCGCGCCACCAGCCUGGCCCGCCGCUACGUAAGCGAGCCGCACUGCUCCUCCGGCUCCGCCCCUUCCUCGCCCUAUCGUUCGCCCGUCCUGGGCACCCACCGCUCCGUCUGGAGCUCGCCCAGAACUCGCCCACUCCCCAGCGUCCUGACGCGCUCCACCCACUCCACCCACUCCACCAGAUACACCUCCCCGUCCCCAUCCACGUCCUACAGCUCGCUGUACACCAGAAACUACAGCUCCCAGCACCACCGCUACUGACCGGCCUGGCAGGGUGGCGCAGAGAGGAGGACAGACUGGUUUCCUGCUUUUCUUUCGU